AUGCCUCCUCCAGCCGAAUCUGCCAGGCUCUUGGGAUCAACACCCCCACCAUCACAGCUGCCCUCGGGGACCAAUGGCAACACAGCAGCGAGAAGAGCACGGCCGCCGUUGCUCUCUGUGCCUAGCUCCCAGUCAGUGCGCUCAGCUCGAUCUGUCAAGAGCAUGGAGCCCGUGAUCGCAAACUACCGCCUGUGUGACGUUGAUCUGAUCAACUUGGAGGCCUUGUCUGAGGCGCACAGUAAGUCCUUCAACAGAUGGGCCUACGUGAGUUACUACCUACCCAUUCUACGAUGGCUCCCUCAAUACAGCGCUAAGGCAAGCUUGUUAGGAGACGUUUUGGCUGGGGCAACUAUGGCAAGCUUCCAGGUACCGUUGGUGAUGUCGUUGGCGACGUCGUUGGCGAAGUUACCGCCAUUGGUGGGUCUUUAUUCUGUGGUAGGCGCUGCGUCGGCCUACGCUGUGUUUGGCGGUGUUCCUGUUCUCGUGGUGGGUCCGCUGCCGUCUACUGCUGUUUUGUACGGCCAGGUGAUCGAGGAGAUCAUGCACGUGUGGAAGGAUAAGAGCUUGACCAAUUUGGAGGUGAGUGCCACGAUUUCCGUGGGCAUGUCGGCGAUCUUGUUGGCGUGUGGUUUGCUCAAGUGGGGGUUUCUCGAUAAUAUCUUUUCCAGGGCGUUGCUCAAGGGCUUUAUUGGUGCUAUGGGUGUGGUGAUGAUAAUCAACCAAUUUGACAUUCAGCUCGGGCUCCAGGAUAUAGCAGACAAGGAGCCUCACCACACGAUUGUAGAGAAAGUCGUGUUUGCAGCUUCGAACAUCCACAUGGCCCAUAAACUCACCGUGUGCAUCACAUGUGCUACAUUACUCAUUGUGCUUCUUGUUAGGAAAAUGAAGAACAUUCUAGUCAACAAGCACGGCAUUAAACAGGCUGUGUACAUUCCCGAGCUUCUUGCAAUGGUGGUGGUGGCCACUAUCUUGUCGUACACUCUUGAUUGGGAAAGCAAAGGGGUGGAAAUUGUGGGUGAUUUGACGAAAACCAAAAAGACUGAUCCCUCUCAUGGAGCACCUUCCAUCAUCAUUAAUCCCUUCAAGCUCUCGCGCUUCCCACUAUUCAAAAAGGUGUUUCAAACAUCAUUCCUUUGCUCGAUUCUUGGCUUCUUCGAUUCCACCACCGCCACCAAAGCUCUAGGGGCUCGUUACAACUAUAAUGUAUCCUCAAAUCGUGAGCUCGUAGCUCUUGGAAUGUGCAACUUUGCAAUCACCAUGUUUGGUGGCUUACCUUCGUUUGGGGCCUUGGGAAGAUCCAAGGUCAACAUUCUAGCGGGUGCUCUGACACCAAUGGCAAUUGUCAUCAUGGCUGCGCUUGUGGUGGUGGCCAUAAAGUACUUGCUCCCGUUCCUCUACUACUUACCUGAAUGUGUGCUUGCUUUGAGCACCACAAUUAUCGGGUUAACGGUCAUCGAAGAGGUGCCGCAGGACGUCAUGUUUUUCUGGGGAAUCGAUGGCCACGACGAGAUCAUUUCGUUAUUCCUCGUGUUUGCCACGACGAUUUUUUGGAACGUCGAGUCCGGAGUGAUCUUGGCUAUUGUCAUUGCCGUUGUCAGAAUCAUCAAAGCAGGCACCCAGUCUCGGAUUCACAUUUUGGGAAGGGUGCCCAACACAUCGGUAUUCAGGAACGCCGAUGAGCUCAUUGAGGAAAGCUUUGCUACCUUCACCGAGGCAGAGCAGGAAGGUGACUCCAACACUACAUCUACAGACAAUCUUGCCGAUUUGGUUGCCGAGAUCCAGCAGAUCGAAGGUGUACUAAUUAUCAAGAUUCCCGAGCCGUUGAAUUUCGCCAAUCUGGGCGCCCUUCGCAGCCGCCUCAGUCGGAUCGAGAAGUUCGGCACUCUCCUGGUGCAUCCCUCGCAGCCGUCGAUGCGUGGUUUUGAAGAAGGUGCCAUCAAAUUUGUUAUCUUUGACUGCAAAGGCAUGACAUCGAUAGAUGCGUCAGCCACCCAGACGCUUUGUGAGAUUGUUCGCCGAUACAGCGAGGUGAAUGACAUCUGCGUCUCGUUUGCACGAGUGCCCACCAACACACAAGUGAGAAGCCGGUUCAGAAAGCUGGGUCUUGCCGAUAUUGUCAACUCCAACUACAAGCGAUUUGUGAAAGGCCGGUCCUCACACCGCAGUGGUGGAGAGGUACGUACAUACACCGUAGCCACCAGGUUAGGAGACGGUUUUUUUCUCAGCAUCGACGAAGCUCUUAAAGCUUUUGACAUUGAGGGCGUUUAG